UCCGCGAGUGAGCAGAGAGCGCAGCCGGGCGCACCCCGUCCCACAGCCGGCUCCAACCGCUCCGCGAGCCCCCGAGCACCCGCCGCCGCCUGCAGCAGGAGGAGCAGAGGGGGGAGGAGAAGGAGGAGAAAGGCAGCAGCCCGCCCGCAGCGGGGCACGCACGUGUGCGCGCAGACCUCGACGGUCGCCCUCCAGCAUGCUGCUCGGAGCCGCGCAGGGCAGAGCGCCCGAGAGGAGCUGAGCGCGGCCGCGGGAGAAGAGAGGAGCAGAGCAGGAGCGGCUCCGCGGAAUCCUCCGUGCGCCCGUCCCGUCCGACCCCCCACCCACUUCGCCGAGGGAGCGGCGGUCCCGCAGUAUGGGCGGCCGCAGCCCCCUCGCCGCUGCCGGGCCCCGCCGAGCCGCUGUCCUGGUGCUGCUGCUGGGGCGCCUCGCUCUCUGUCUCGCCGUGGAGGGAAAGAAAGUUUGUCAAGGGACAAAUAACAAGCUGACUCAACUGGGACAUGUGGAAGACCAUUUCACCAGCCUGCAGAGGAUGUACAAUAAUUGUGAGGUGGUGCUCAGCAACCUGGAGAUUACAUACGUAGAGCACAAUCGUGACCUCUCUUUCCUGAAGUCAAUACAGGAGGUUGCUGGCUACGUCCUCAUUGCACUUAACAUGGUGGAUGUCAUUCCCCUAGAAAACCUCCAGAUCAUCCGAGGCAAUGUGCUGUAUGACAACUCUUAUGCCCUGGCAGUUUUAUCCAAUUACCACAUGAAUAAAACCCAGGGACUCCGGCAGCUGCCAAUGAAACGGCUAUCAGAAAUUCUCAAUGGAGGUGUUAAAAUCAGCAACAACCCCAAACUGUGCAACAUGGACACUGUUCUCUGGAAUGACAUCAUUGACACGAGCAAGAAGCCUCUCACAGUGCUUGAAUUUGCAAGCAACUUAUCUUCUUGUCCCAAAUGCCAUCUGAACUGUACAGAAGACCACUGCUGGGGCCCUGGUGAACAGAACUGCCAGAAAUUAACAAAAGUCAUCUGUGCCCAGCAGUGCUCUGGCCGCUGCAGGGGAAAGGUGCCCAGUGACUGCUGCCACAACCAGUGUGCUGCGGGAUGCACGGGGCCUCGGGAGAGUGACUGCCUGGCAUGCCGCAAGUUUCGGGAUGAUGCUACGUGCAAGGAUACAUGUCCCCCAUUAGUCCUGUAUAACCCCACCACUUACCAGAUGGAUGUCAACCCUGAUGGAAAAUACAGCUUCGGAGCCACUUGUGUGAAGGAAUGUCCACACAACUACGUGGUGACAGACCAUGGCUCCUGUGUUCGCUCAUGCAAUGCUGAUACUUAUGAAGUGGAAGAAAACGGUGUUCGGAAGUGUAAAAAGUGUGAUGGGCUAUGCAGCAAAGUGUGCAAUGGCAUUGGAAUAGGUGAACUUAAAGGGAUCCUCUCCAUAAAUGCCACAAACAUUGACUCCUUCAAAAACUGUACCAAGAUCAACGGGGAUGUCAGCAUUCUCCCAGUUGCAUUUCUAGGUGAUGCCUUCACGAAGACUCUACCCUUGGACCCCAAGAAGUUGGAUGUCUUCAAAACAGUCAAAGAAAUAUCAGGAUUUUUGUUGAUUCAGGCCUGGCCCGAGAAUGCUACUGAUCUCUAUGCUUUUGAAAAUCUGGAGAUUAUACGGGGCAGAACAAAACAACAUGGCCAGUAUUCCCUUGCUGUUGUUAACUUGCAAAUACAGUCCUUAGGGCUGCGCUCCCUCAAGGAAAUAAGUGACGGAGAUGUCGCCGUUAUGAAGAACAGGAACCUCUGCUAUGCUGACACCAUGGACUGGCACAGCCUGUUUGCAACUCAGAGCCAGAAAACAAAGAUUUUACAGAACAGAGAUAAAAAUGAGUGUGCUGCUGCCAAGCAUGUUUGUGACCCUCUGUGCUCAGACGUGGGCUGCUGGGGGCCAGGACCCUUCCACUGCUUCUCCUGCAGGUUUUUUGCUCGCCAAAAGGAGUGUGUGAAACAGUGCAACAUCCUACAAGGGGAGCCAAGAGAGUUUGAAAAGGACUCCAGGUGCCUACCCUGCCACCCUGAGUGCUUGGUGCAAAACUCCACUGCGUACAAUGCAACCUGCACUGGACCUGGUCCUGACAAUUGCAUGAAGUGUGCCCAUUUUAUAGAUGGCCCCCACUGUGUGAAAUCCUGCCCAGCAGGGGUUCUGGGUGAGAAUGACACCCUCGUCUGGAAAUAUGCCGACGGGAAUGCUGUUUGCCAGCUCUGCCAUCCAAACUGCACCCGAGGGUGCAAAGGGCCAGGUCUUGAAGGCUGUCCAAAUGGCUCCAAAAUUCCAUCUAUCGCAGCUGGUGUUGUUGGAGGUCUCCUGUGCCUGGUGGUGGUUGGAUUGGGCAUCGGCCUUUACUUACGAAGACGCCACAUCGUCAGAAAGCGGACCCUGCGCCGGCUGCUGCAGGAGAGGGAGCUUGUCGAACCACUGACACCCAGCGGGGAGGCACCAAACCAGGCUCAUCUGAGAAUUUUAAAGGAAACAGAAUUUAAAAAGGUCAAAGUUUUAGGCUCUGGAGCUUUUGGCACUGUUUAUAAGGGACUUUGGAUCCCAGAAGGGGAGAAGGUUAAAAUUCCUGUUGCUAUUAAAGAGUUGAGAGAGGCUACAUCACCAAAAGCCAACAAGGAAAUACUUGAUGAAGCUUAUGUGAUGGCUAGCGUUGACAAUCCUCAUGUGUGCCGCUUGUUGGGAAUCUGCCUCACUUCUACUGUUCAGCUCAUCACACAGCUGAUGCCUUAUGGCUGCCUCCUUGAUUACAUCCGAGAGCACAAGGACAACAUUGGCUCCCAGUACCUUCUCAACUGGUGUGUGCAGAUUGCAAAGGGAAUGAACUAUUUGGAGGAACGUCGCCUGGUGCACCGUGACCUUGCUGCCAGGAAUGUCCUCGUUAAGACUCCUCAACACGUGAAAAUCACGGACUUUGGGCUGGCAAAGCUGCUCGGUGCCGAUGAGAAGGAGUAUCACGCUGAGGGAGGCAAGGUUCCAAUUAAAUGGAUGGCCUUGGAGUCAAUUUUACACCGAAUUUACACUCAUCAAAGUGAUGUCUGGAGUUAUGGUGUGACAGUUUGGGAGCUGAUGACAUUUGGGUCCAAGCCAUAUGAUGGGAUCCCUGCCAGUGAGAUCUCCUCUGUCCUGGAGAAGGGCGAGCGUUUGCCGCAGCCCCCAAUCUGUACCAUCGAUGUGUACAUGAUCAUGGUCAAAUGUUGGAUGAUCGAUGCAGACAGCCGUCCCAAGUUUCGUGAACUGAUAGCCGAAUUCUCGAAAAUGGCUCGUGACCCUCCACGCUAUCUCGUUAUACAGGGAGAUGAUAGGAUGCACCUGCCCAGCCCUACGGACUCCAAGUUUUAUCGCACCCUAAUGGAGGAGGAGGACAUGGAAGAUAUAGUGGAUGCGGAUGAGUAUCUUGUACCACACCAGGGAUUUUUCAACAGCCCUUCGACAUCCCGCACUCCCCUCUUGAGUUCAUUGAGUGCUACUAGCAACAACUCUGCUACAACCUGCAUUGACAGGAAUGGGCAGGGGCACCCUGUGCGGGAAGACAGUUUUGUCCAGAGGUAUAGCUCAGACCCAACAGGCGCUUUCUUGGAGGACAGCAUAGAUGACAGCUUCCUGCCAGCCCCAGAGUAUGUAAAUCAGUUGGUGCCCAAGAAAGCAUCUGCCUCAGCAGUCCAGAAUCCAAUCUACAACAGCUUCUCUCUCACAGCAAACUCAAAGGUCCCCACAGACUCCAGCUACCAGAAUUCACACAGCACAGCUGUGGACAACCCUGAGUAUCUCAACACUAACCAGUCUCCACUGGCAAAGACCGUCUUUGAAAGUUCUCCUUACUGGAUCCAGGCAGGCAACCACCAAAUAAAUCUGGACAAUCCUGACUACCAGCAGGACUUCUUACCGAACGAAACCAAACCUAAUGGUCUCUUGAAAGUUCCUGCAGCAGAAAACCCAGAGUACUUGAGGGUAGCAGCACCAAAAAGUGACUACAUUGAAGCCUCGGCAUGACCAUGGAGAAUUUCUUCUUGCAGCAAGGCAGGCCAGACUCUUAAGUGAACUAUAUGGCUGCUGCAAGAAUGGACUCUGGCUCAGAGCAAAUGGCAACUGCAAUGCACCAAUAAGCACACCUCUCCUUUUUGGCAUGGGGGCUGAAACUGCAAAUCCCAUCUGAUGGCAGUUUGGAUCUUUUCUUGCCCAUUUCCAUGAAAUAACUGAGGCACAUAGCCUGCACUCGGACAUUUGUUGGGAUGAAGCAGGAUCUUCCUAGUCUGAAGAAAUAGGGAUGCAUUUCUUUCAUUUUCAAAUGGUAGCAUGGUAAAAAGCCACUCUGGGAUGAACUUGAGAGCUGUACACAUUGUACAGUCAAAUUCCUUUCUACAGUCUGUAUUUUUAUAAAUGUUUCUAACAGAACUUUUGGAUCUUUUACAAAAUCAGAUGCUUGUACUGCUGUUCUGCUAUGUGGUGCUUAGAUCACCAGCAGGAAAAAAAAAUAUUACCAAUAGUUUUCCAAAACUUCUGGAACCGAAACUGUUAUUCCAAACCACUGAAUUUUUACAAAUUGGCUCCAUAUACUGCCUUUUGGCCCAAAGGUGAGAAGUGCACCUAAGGGAGCUGUGAGCAGUUCUUCCCAGGGCAGUAUGGAUUGGAUUGCUCCAGAGGAAACUUAGCACAAGGAGCAAAGUGGCACGAUGCAUCACCUGCUAACCACUACUGCUAAGAACUGACAGAAGGAACUCACCUCAAGUCAUCUUUGAAUCAUACAUGAUUCUAAAGCGCUCACUAGUCUGUUUUCUAAUGGUCAAACCCAAGACAUUUUUUUUCCUGAUCCCUUAUGCAGCUGUCAAGUUGUCAAAAUGCCUUUCUUCUUCAACAAAACUGUUAAAGAUGUUGCCGUAACUGAAAAAUGAAGUGUCAAAUAACGUUUAACAGACCUUAAUUAAAUGUCAAGGAAAUGCAAAUGGUGGCAAAUUGGAACAUUCAUGAGACAGACUGGAAGAACUAUACUAAAUUAGACUUGACUAGGGCAAGAAACACAGGUAGCUUUAGCCAAGCAGUUUUAUUUCCGUUCUUAAAGGGCAGAAAUCAUUUUCCCUUAUACAUGUGGCAAAGAAAAGGCAUAUAUAAGUGUUACACUUCAAGGCAGAAUACUGCCAAUUGCUGUUCCACACUGGGGCAGAGGCUGGGGCUGGUUACAUGUCCCUUUGGGGUUACAUAUCCUGGCAAUGCAGGAGGAGCAGUGAGAAUGAAUUAAGGAAAAAAUAAUCCAGAGUGAUGGAAUAUAUUAUCUCCCUCUUCUAAAACAUAGGGCUGCCUACUACUUCUUUAAAAUACACAGCAUCGUCUUCUGGUUAUCAGUGUGGUAUAGGCAGGCGAGGCAAGGCUAAGAUUUUAGCUUGACAGUAUAAAUCAAUCACAGCAGCAAAAGCAACUACUCUUUCCAGUGACCCAUAAAAUUAUUCCAUCAUUAACAUUUCUUAUGAGUGUAGGAGGAGUAAAGUGCCUAAAGUGUGAAUUUAGUCAGUCAUUUAGAUGCAUCCCACCAGCAACUUGGCAGUGCUAUUUUAAUCAAACCACUAGAUCAGAAGGCAAAUGCUCAUUUUGGGACAAAGGCCCUUAACUAGUUGAAUGUUGGCAACUUGCUUGAGGGUAGCAUAAGCAGCUGACUUGCAGAGGAUCUGUAGUCUAUAUUAAGUAGCAAGAAAGAGUCAAAUUUAUGCUGCUGCUGUGGUUUGAAUGCAGCAGUCUGUGUUUCAGUUUAAGGAUUGCAUCUGAAGUCCAAGAUCAAGCAGCAAAUCCUUAGAACACUCUUUUUACAGAUUUAUUGAGGGAAGGAGAAGAACAGUCAUGUGGAAUGACCCUUUUUGUAAAUAACAUGAUGUAAAAUGCAUUAACAGCUUGUGUGUAUACAGUGGCUCAUGGGCCACACUGCAGUCUAGCAUAAAGCAGCAUACUGGUCUCUUCUCUGGGGUGACCGGUGACAGGACCCGAGGGAAUGGCCUGAAGUUGUGUCACAGGAGGUUUAGGUUGGAUAUUAGAAAAAGGUUCUUCACCCAGAGAGUGGUCAGGCACUAGAACAAGCUCCCCAGGGAAGUGGUCACAGCACCAAGCCCGACAGAGUUCAAGAAGCUUUUGGAUGAUACUCUCAGGCACAUGGUAUGACUCCUGGGGAUGGUCCUGUGCAGGGCAAGGAGUUGGACUGGAUGAUCCUUUUGGGUCUUUUCCGACUCAGCACAUUCUGUGAUUCUGUGAUACUGGACAGAAUCCAAAGAUGGUCGUCUUUGGUAGGUGUGUCUCACCAUGACCAAGCCCCAGGCAUAGCAGUCUGGAGGAUGCAAUGUUUGACUUUGAUUAUUAGUGACUUGUAUUUAAAACACUAAACAAAAUUCAGUUCCCAUGUCCAAUUAGCAGCAGAUUUCUCCUUGCAUUCCUGAGAGCAGAUUUGUUGUGUUGCUCUCACAAGCAUGCAACAUGUAUGCACAGGCAUUGCUGCUGUUCUCCACCCACCGCCUUGGGAGAAAUGUACAUAAAACUAAAAAAAGAUCUUAACAGAAUUCACAGAUAAUUUUUCAAUUUGCUAAAGCUGCUAUGUCUCCAGGCAGAACACUAGAAAAUCACACAAUGCAUGUUCUCCCACAGAAUCUUCUGAACACUAUUGCACAAAGGAGUUUAUUGAUGUUUUGUUUUAAUUUGUUAGCUAAAACAAGAAAGCCACUGAGCAGUAUCAAUAUGUAUCCACCAGCAUUAUGUAGCAUGAAAAUUAUUUAAUAGAGGUUAAUACACUUGCCCAUUAAAACAAUUUAGGAGGGAUUCAGUAGCAAUUCCUUGCUAGAAACGAGGAGAUUAAUCUAAAAAUUAAGCAAUGUAAGUUUAAAAGAGCAUCACAUUUUGAAUGUGAUGUUUUUGUUGAAAAAAGUAGGAAAGAAAAUGUAGAACCACAAACUCUCAGUACGAACGUAAAUUCCAGAUUGGUGGAUCAGCUAUAUUGUGAAGUAUUUCUGGUAAAUAGGCAUCCUGUAAGCCAUGAUUUGUAAAUUGGCAGGUCAGUAAUUAUUCAAAAGCCAGCAAAAAAUAAAAACUGGAUUGUGCCUGCAGGGGCAGAUACAGUGGCACUGGGAGUGGAUGGGACUGUGCAGCUGCAUGGCUGUCACUAGAGGCACAGGUGCUGUGCAGUGUGAUGCUCAUAGGGUAACAGACAAUAGCAAUAAACCAAAUGAUUUCCAGCAGAAUUAAAAAAAAAAUAAUAAAAAAAGAACCAAUAAGCAGCUGAAAUGUCCUGGUUUUCCCACUGCAGCUCAUUGCACAUUUAACAGCAAGGAGGCCCCUGCGGAUCAUAGGUGCUUAUACAGGCAAACGUGGUGUGGCAGCAUAAAUCAACAUCCAAAAAUAACUUGAAAAUUCAGCUGCAGGUGUGGGUAGAAAAGGCCGAUUUUAAAAACACAGCUAAAUAGGGAAAUGUAACAUGUCACAGCCACUUUUAAAAGCUAACAGUCUUACUAAUUGAGAAAAUUAAAAUUUCCCCUUUUACGGAAUUUUUAAUGGAAGGCAAAAUAAAAUACAAGUCAGUCCUUAGUGUCUAUCAUAAAGCAGCAGUUAAUACAGAACUCCUUUUGCAAUAAUAAUUUAGGAUUUUUAAUAACUGCUUAGUAUAUGAAAAUGUAAGUUAAAUCAAGAGUCUUCAUCUUUGAUGUUUUCCAGUGAUUGUGUACAGUGCACUUGACUUCAUUUGGGGCCUUGGAUUGUUCCUGCUGCAAAGGGAGUUGGCCUGGGAAAUUUUCUUCAUGUUGCAAUUGAUUUUGUGAAGUAAAUUCAUUGAGAGGCCAAGAGCCUGCUUGUGUUUCCAGCUGACAGGCAACAUUGCAGUGAGUUUUCUAGACAGAGAGUUGGAUCUAGAUGGUGGUUUCUGGAAUGCGUCGGAAUGAUUCCCCAUCCCACCAACCUCACCAUCAGACAGCCACGUGAAGCCUUGGCAUUAGAAAAUGUGGUCCCAUGGUUUAUUUGAAAAGAAGGAUCUUGUGUAGGGAGAGUAAUGCAAGGGAAGGGCUUCAUCUGGCCCAUCCAUAUCUAAGAUAGCUGCUGAAUUUGCCCAGGGCCACUGAGGCCACUGACUGUUCCUGCAGGUAUAGGUAGCUGCUAUCCCUGCUACCAGCUAGAUGUGAAGCCCCCUUGCAGAGAUUGCUUGUGCAAAAAGCAAUGUACAUGGCAUUCAUACUAUGGGGUGUAUUUCUUCUCUUCCCAGGGAGAUGUAGUUAGGUUUACAACAAUGUCACAGGACCUCAAACAGCUUGAAGAGGUCCCAUCACAAGGUGCCUGAGGUGUCCUUGGUCUCUCUGUGGAUGCUCCAAUGUGUCAAGGAGAAACUUUGCAUUUCCAGACAAGAGCUCAUUUUUCACAUUCGGAGUUCAACAUCUGUUAGUAUGACCACUGCCUCUCAAUUGAGCAGUUACGGUACACUGGCUUUUGUUCCCCCAGCAUUUGUCUGGGAGAAAACAUCUGAAUCAGGACCAAAUAUGAAAAUGUACCUGUGUCCUCCUUCUUGAUGGAAACUGUAUACUCAUGAAAUGUCAAACUCUGGGUAGAACACUUAGCAAGAAUGCUUUGUAAUGUUUUAUCACCAGUGGUUCAAAUUUUAUAUUGGGAUCCCCUUUUCUAGCCUUCUUUUUGUAAGUGCUCCCUCUUUGUUCUUACAUAAAACUUUCAAGGAGCCUUUUUAAAAUAACGAGGAAAAUAACAGGAAAAAAAAUUUAUACAAAAGAAAACCAUGACACCUUCAAGUAGCUUGUCAAAUGGGCUGCAUUAGGACCAAAGAUGUUAUGUCUUGUUUUUUUGCUUUAAAGGAAUAGGGUAUUGAUCACUACUUCCACUGCCUCUCAUUACAGAGAAGAGCUACAGAUUUCCACUCUUCAUUGGGGCUGGGUCAGACCUCCACUGAGCCAAGAGAACUUGGCAGGAGGGUGAGGCCUGUCCAUAGAAAACCAAACUGAAUAUCAGGACAAGGUAUCACUUCAGGGCCAAACCUACAACCUGUACUCCAUAUUGCACUUAAUGCAAUAUCGAAACAGGGACGUAGUCAAGGAAAAAAAGAAGCAAAUACAUGAUGUUUUGGCUUAAUAUCAGGAAAAAAUACAAUAAUAUGAAGAUGAGAAUGAUGAGUUUUUCUGUGAGGAAGUGUGUAGGCAGGCAGUGAGAUUUUAAAAUGAUAACACUUUUUGUUAUGUAUUACUUUAAUUAUGCAGGGGAGUUGAAAUCAUGGCAUUCCCAUGAUAUGCUUUGCUUUCUGCCAUACAUCCUGCCUGCAUUUGACAUCAAGUGUUCAGGCAGAUCACUUGUAUUACCAUGGCCAUGUGGAUUGAGAAUUUGGUUGCUUCAACCCCUUCUUUUUAUGCAGGGAGAUAAAAGUGCGGUUAUAGUAGGCUGUUACCACAGUUAGUGGUCAAGCUAACCCUCUACAGCAUCCAAAACUGGCUUUCCCAGGGGAAAAAGUUGAUAACUGCAGACCUACCUGACAAAAGAUGCACCAGUUGUUGCAGUGCUGGCAACAGGCAGUUGGCAGCAAGCAAAAUGCAUUCAGCCAAGAUUCAAGUUUGGUGCUUCACCAACUUUGCUGUCAUGGUCUUACAUGAUGCAGAUGGAGCUGUCUGGAUGUAUAACAGCACAGGUCCUGUGGUCUCUCUGUAGCUCUCACUUUGAAGUAAUGGAUUUUUCUGAUUAAUAAAGUGAAAACAUGAAAUCAAAAGUGCCGCUAGCAAUAGGACUGGUAGAAGGUGUUGUUCCUACAUAGCCAAUAUGGUACAUCAUUUCCAGUUACACUGGAGUUUAUCCAGACUCUUCUCCUUACCUCUUGCAAGCUAGCUAGAGAGUGCGCAUUUGCUAGCACCAUCAAUGUUAUCCUCAUAUUUUAUGAAAGGGAAUAAUCAAAGUAGUUGGCUACAAUGAUAGGAGGCUUGGCUCACAUACCUAGGUUGCUUUUUUAAUCCUACAUUCCUUAUAUUGUUCCCCUUGAAAUUAAUGGGAUGUUUAAAUUCAUUACACUGAGAGUAUAAAACAAGACUAAUGUUGAGUGAUUUUUGAAAAUCCCUCACAAUAAUCAGAGAUCCUAUGGAUCCAUUGCCCGUUUUAGGCUGCUUUGUAUUGAUGCAAUCAACCGAAUAUAAGGUAUGAUGUCUUGGUUUUUAUAAACUGUCAAGCAAUAUAUUCAUAGAUACAGACGGUACCCUUGCAGCAUUGUAAAGUUACUCAACUAUGAAAGCACUAUUUGUACAAUAAGAAACUCUUGACUUUUAUAUGGUUUAAUGGUUUAUACUGUUGAUCAAAGAUUGUUUGUAUAUGACGAUAAAAAAUGAGGUGUAUAUUAUUCUUUUUAAUUGUUUUUAAUUUUUGGAAAACUGUUAUUGUAAUAUACUGUUGUAUUUGGGGGGAACAAGAAAGCAGUGGCUAGCUUGUAGCUUGUAGCCAAAGAAGAACUCACAUUAAGGGUUCUUUAUUGGACUUCGAUUUUUUUUUUUCUGGUAAAAUUUGUCACCUUGGGGAUUUAUCCAGAGCUUAGUGAAGCUAGUAACAGCACUCUUUCCUCUCUCCAAGACUCUUUGGUUGUCUGUAUGCACAGUGCUGGAGUUUCAUAAUGUGAGCAAUAAUACAGGUAACACUCGUGACCAUUGGAAGUGCAAUAUGAAAGCCCAGGUGCUGCUUAUCAGGGCCCUAAAAAUGCUGAUGUUUUAAAUUACAUGGCAGGUUCUCACUUCACUUUCAUGACAAGAGCAGAAGCAGAGUGAAAGCAAUCCUUUGAAAUCCAUGUGACAUGUGGUAUGUGAAGCCACAGUGCUGGCCAUUUCUUAAUUGCAUAGCUAAGGCAAAAUAAAGUCUCAACCAGAGUCACUGGUGACUUACAUUGUUGUACUACACUAGGCAGAAAGAAAAACUUUGUAAGCAGUCAAAUGAAGCCCUGGUGUCCCCUGAGUAUUGGUGUUUAAUUAUCCAACUGGUUGAACAUGCAGCAGACAAAGAUUAAAGGAAUUGCAGGGUCCUCAACAUGACAGAGCAAAAUACAGUGCAUUGGCAAGACAGUAAAGAAGAGAGGAGCUGGAACUGUCAGUAUGCAUUCAGCUCGGAUAGGUCCCCAGUAUCACAAUUAGUAAAUGAAAUAAUUUUUGUCUUAAUUAGGUGAACUUUGUAGACAGAAAAAAAAAGAAAGCCACUACAGCACCUUUGUCAUUCUCAUUUUUCCAUACAGUCCCUUCCAGUACAUAGGCUGCAUGUUUUACCAGCUCAACCUACUUUAUGCAGAAAUUAUGUAGUCUUAAUCUUCAUAUUACUGGUUCUCAGAAAUGUCUAAUGCGUAUUAAUGCAUGAUAUUUUUAUUUUAAUAAAAGUAAUUAAAUAAA